AUGGUUGGUACACGAAAUAGCUAUAAGCGAACAAGGCUGUCAGGCCGGCCAUCCACUUCCACUGCUGGAUCUGCCCCGAACUGUGCAUCGGAGCUUCACAUUGAUGCUGACCAAAUGACAGCCAUCAGUGAAGUACCAGCAAAGAGACAAAGAACUGAUUCCCGAUCUGUGGAUGUGGCCGAAGGUCAAUGUUUAGAACCUUUAGAUAACCCUAAUGUUCAAGGAGAAGGCGGAUCCGACGAGCUGGAAGCUGCAAUGGCAGAAUACAUCGAGUCCGGAGCUGCGCUGGGAAGUGGUGUUGAACAAACAGAUCAAGCUGCGCUCGAGUUAUCCAAGGAAUAUUUCGACAUGGAUGCCGAAGUUCCAGAUCAAUACAAACUACGGGUUCCUAGGUUGAUCUACAAGUUUCCGCAGUGGCUCCAGUCCUACGCUGUAGUUGGCGCAACUAUGCAAGUCCUGGAAACUCUAAAUCUCAAUGAAGGCUAUUUAGAGUUGUAUGCUGUCUGCGCUUACCUUGUUGCCCGCCUCGGUUUUAUUGUUACCGUACACGAUGGCGCUACGCAGGAAGAUUUUAUUAGAUCGAUGAGCUUUGCUUUGGCCGAAACCGGGAUGCUCGAGCGAGACACAGAAAAUCCGGAUGAAUUUGAUUCCACAAACAGAGAAAUUUUCGAGCUACUCUCAAAAGCUUCAGCUGCUGGUUAUCGUGAUCCAGAAAAUUCUGGUGAAAUUCAAAGUUCCAUCGGUCCACGGGGCAAUCGGAAAAGCCGAAUCUGA